CUCUCCCCCCUUCUCUCCCCCUCUCUCUCCCUCUCUCCCUCUCUCUCAGCUUUUGUUUCGCCAUGCCUAGUCUAGUGGUAUCUGGAAUAAUGGAAAGAAAUGGGGGAUUUGGGGAACUGGGAUGUUUCGGAGGGAGCGCGAAGGACCGGGGUCUCCUGGAAGACGAGCGGGCCCUCCAGCUCGCCCUGGAUCAACUCUGCCUCCUUGGUUUGGGGGAGCCCCCCGCCCCCACAGCGGGCGAAGACGGGGGAGGCGGGGGGGGCAACGCCCCCGCCCCGCCAACCGCCCCCCCGCCUGCCCCGCCGCCGCCGCCCCCGGCGCCCCCGGCGGCGCCGCCGGCCGCCCCCCCGGCCCAGCAGCCCCAGCCGCCGGCGGCCCCGAAAGGGGCAGGCGAUGCCAAGCUCUGCGCCCUGUACAAAGAGGCCGAGCUGCGGCUCAAGAGUAGCAGCAACACCACGGAGUGCGUCCCCGUGCCCACAUCGGAACACGUGGCGGAGAUCGUGGGCAGACAAGGCUGCAAGAUAAAGGCACUACGAGCAAAGACCAACACCUACAUCAAGACACCUGUCCGAGGUGAGGAGCCAGUCUUUAUGGUGACAGGACGCCGGGAGGAUGUGGCUACUGCCCGACGGGAGAUCAUUUCGGCAGCCGAGCACUUCUCCAUGAUCCGGGCCUCCCGAAACAAGUCAGGGGCUGCCUUUGGAGUAGCCCCGGCUCUCCCUGGCCAGGUCACUAUCCGGGUCCGAGUACCAUAUCGUGUAGUGGGGUUAGUGGUAGGGCCCAAGGGGGCCACCAUCAAGCGGAUCCAGCAGCAGACUAACACCUACAUCAUCACGCCCAGCCGGGACCGAGACCCUGUCUUCGAAAUCACCGGUGCACCAGGCAACGUGGAAAGAGCCCGGGAGGAGAUUGAGACCCACAUUGCUGUUCGCACUGGCAAGAUUCUUGAAUACAACAAUGAGAAUGACUUUCUGUCGGGUAGCCCGGACCCUGCUCUGGAGAGCCGCUAUUCCGAAGCCUGGAGAGUCCAUCCACCAGGGUGCAAACCCCUUUCCACCUUCCGACAGAACAGCCUGGGUUGUAUUGGGGAGUGUGGUGUUGAGUCAGGAUUCGAGGCACCGCGGCUUGGAGAACAAGGGGGUGACUUUAGCUAUGGUGGCUACCUGUUUCCCGGCUAUGGGGUUGGCAAGCAAGAUGUAUACUACAGCGUGGCUGAGAGCAGUCCUCCCCUCUGGGCUGGCCAGGAGAACGCCACCCCUACCUCCGUCCUUUUUUCCUCUGCUUCCUCGUCUUCCUCCUCUUCAGCCAAGGCCCGGGCUGGUCCCCCAGGGUCACACCGCUCGCCGGCCCCAGCAUCAGCAUCCUCAGCCGUCCCAGAGCUUGCUGGGCUUCCGAGGCGACCACCUGGGGAGCCCCUCCAGGGCUUCUCCAAACUUGGGGGUGGUGGGCUGAGGAGCCCAGCGGGAGCAGGGGGCGGGCGAGACUGUAUGGUGUGCUUCGAGAGCGAGGUCACAGCAGCCCUGGUCCCUUGUGGACACAACCUCUUCUGCAUGGAGUGUGCUGUACGAAUCUGCGAAAGAACUGAUCCUGAGUGUCCUGUUUGUCACAUUACAGCCACACAAGCCAUCCGAAUAUUUUCCUAAACACCCCUCCCCAGUUUUGGCUUCCCUCCCUGCUUUGGAUUGAGUUUUCCACCAGGGUCCUUUAGAAAUUGGCAAUCUUGUGGGGACAGGGUGUUUGAAGAUCCCCGCUUUGGGACUUGGGAGGGGGAAGUCCUAUGGGAGUGGGGUAGGACGUGGGUCUUUAUGCCCUCCCAAUGGUCCCAUCUUGGGGAGAUGAGGGAGGGGCAGAUGGGGAAUGAAUGAUGUUCCCUUUGAGAGUUACAA